UUAUUUCUAAAAAAAAUUUUUUUUAUAUUGGCUAUGGUGGAUUUAGGGGCAUAUGUUCUAUUACUGAUAGAAACCAAAGAUAAAAAGAUCAAAUUAUAUGGUUCUCCUGCUGAGAAGAAUAAUCUAGAAAUAGGUGAUGAAGUGCUUGAGAUAAAUGGCAGAUCAUUGGAAAACUAUUCUCACGAUGAAGCAAUCGCUUAUAUACACAAAUGCAUAAGAUCCAAAACUAUAUGCCUCAAAGUCAAGCGGAAAUCCGAAUCAGAUGAUAUCGAUUCGCUCAACGAUAUAACUGACGCUUACGCUAUCGCUGUCGAAAAAAAGGCCAAAGAAAGGCUAGAAAAACUCGCGGCUAAGCACAAUUUUUGCCCCUUAGAUAUGACAAAAUUGUCGGAACCUCUUACAUCCCCAUACUCUGACGAUAAUUUUGAAUUGCCUACGUCAUCCACUCACGACGCUAAAGAUACUGACUAUCCUAUUCAAGAUUCGCGCGCGAAAAAAGAUAUUAUAACGCGUUCUUCUGCUGUAACGACAACUGUUGUUUUGGCGGCCUCCGAUAUAGCUUUAGCCAGGCAACCCUCUUUACAACUCCUCCAGAAACUGAGGAAAUCAAGCGCGAUUGAAAAAGGUUCCGCCCCCGUAACAUCCCAAAGAAAAUACUCCACGCCGUCUUCAAUUUACACCAUAUCCGGUCUCACGGAAAACGAGCAAGAUUAUCUAAAUCGAGAUUACAUAAUGCAAACACCGCCUCCCGAUCCAUUAUUAACCAGGCUCAAUGGGACGACCGUUCCGGAAAACCGCGAGCUAAACGCUAAAAUAGAAAGUUACAAAGCUGAUUUAGGAAGAGCCGAAAGGGAUAGAAGGUCCAGCCAAAAGGAGAAAGAGUUUCUGCGGUCUUCCCUCCGGGGUUCCAAGAAGCUGCAGGCCCUCGAAGAACUACAACAAAAUAAUACGAGGCUACCGGUGAAUGACAGGAUCGACAAAGAGCCCAUUGAUAAUUACAAGACCGGGUUUAACGCCAACGGUUUCGAUAACGAGGCAUUUUCCCCAGAAGACACCAACUUAAUAAAAAAUAUAGUUGGCGGACCCCUUCCACCGUCAUUCUCCUCGUCUUAUAAGCCUAGAAUAGCGGAACAUUACGAAGAUUUAGAUAUCGACAAAAUACUAGCCAAAAUGAACGAAAUGCUUAAAAAUGGCCCCGAUGACUCCAACGGACGCAACGAAGAUUACAAUAAUAUAUCGACUGUCAAGGCUUUUCUACAGGACCGCAAGUUUAUGGAAUCUUUUAAUAUUUACAAAAACGUCGUAAAAUCCCUUAAAACGUCCUUGGAUAGAACUAACGGACAUAGAGAUUCUAUUAGCCUCCUUAAUUCUACUCAUCAGAUCUUAAACAAUCCUCAAUUACAAAAACAUUCCACGCAAAGUCAACUCAAAGACCUCUCCUUCCUUUUACAAAAACCGCCUUUAAAGGGUCUCCUUUCGGCUUACGAUGACAUUCUAACUAAUCGUAAGUCUUAUUUAAACGACAGAACAUUUUCUCGAGCCUUGUCUUCUGAUAAACGCGGUUCGACCACUGACAACGAAGAUAAUCGAGGUAUGAUGCUAAUUGAAAACCUCAGUCUUGGGAUGACCAAGAGAGAAGGGUACAACACGGGUUCGGAGGAGUACUUAAGUCAUACGCUAGAUCAAUAUCCCGAAACGGCCAAUAUUAAAAUCGUCAGAAUAGAAAAAGGACUCGAUCCAUUGGGUGCCACGAUCCGCAACGAAGGCGACUCCGUGGUGGUAGCCAGGGUGGUGGCUAAUGGCGCCGCUGCUCGUUCUGGGUCUCUUCUAGAAGGCGAUGCCCUACUUGAAUUGAAUGGGACCCCCCUGCGGGGAAAAUCGGUACACGAGGUUUGCGAUAUCAUUAUGCGCAUGAGCAGUGCUGUUGGGUCACCUGGGGAUAGGAUUACUGGAACCGAGCCUCAACAAGAGCUCGUAUUCGUGGUUGAUCGCACCAGGUCUAAGGUAGAAGGAGAUGGUGUUGGAACAGCAGGAGCCGAAAAUACUAAUGAAAAUGUGAUGUCGGUCAGAGCCAAUUUUAAUUACGAUCCAGAAGAAGACCUAUACAUUCCUUGUCGAGAACUCGGGUUGUCUUUCCAAAAGGGCGACAUAUUGCACGUGAUAAAUCAAGACGACAUCAAUUGGUGGCAAGCUUACAGGGACGGGGAAGAUAUGCAAGGAUUGGCGGGCCUCAUACCUUCUAAAAGCUUCCAAAUCCAGCGGGAAACAUUGAGAAUGGCGCUAUUCGCUUCCGAAGAUCCCAAAUCUAAAAGGUCACGUCAAAACCGCAAAAAACAUAAAUCCGCGUCCAAAACUCCUCCUGAUGCUCAGUUAUACCUUAACAACUCGCUCGCCUCAAUGGAUAAGUGGCGAGAGUAUCCAAAUUCCUCAACUUCGAACAACGUCGCCGCCACCGCCCAACAACACCCAAAAAAUACGAAUACUUCGAAUGGCUUGUGUGGGCCCGAAAGUUUGGCCAGCAGGUUAUGCCAGAACGCUGUCGAUUAUUGCAGCAAGAAGAAGGGGAGCGCUAACGAUAAAUAUAAUUAUCCCGAUGAAUACGAAUGCGACGAAAUACUAACUUACGAGGAAGUUGAACUAUGUUACCCGAUACCCGACAAGAAACGGCCCAUAGUUUUAAUCGGGCCUCCCGACAUAGGUCGACACGAGCUGAGACAGAAACUUAUGGAAAAUUUCCCAGAAAGAUUUGCGGCAUCCGUUCCACACACCAGUCGACCCCAGAAAUUCGGGGAGAUUGACGGACAGGAUUACCAUUUCCUGAAUCGGCAAUCUUUUGAAGCCGAUAUCAUGGCGGGAAAAUUCGUGGAACAUGGAGAAUUCGAGAAAUCUCUUUAUGGAACUAGUUUAGCUUCCAUUCGCCAGGUUAUCGCUUCCGGCAAGAAUUGCGUCCUUAAUCUGCAUCCACAGUCAUUAAAAAUAUUGUACGAAUCGGAUGUCAUGCCAUACGUCGUGUUCAUAGCUCCUCCAAAUAUCGAAAAAUUAAAACUGAUUCAGGAAAAGCGCGGGGUUUUUAAAAAGGAAGAAGAGCUCGCCGAAAUUAUAGAGAAAUCCCGUGAAAUAGAAGAAAAUUUUGGCCAUUAUUUCGACGUUUUCAUAGUCAACACAGACCUGGACAAAACCUACAAUCAGCUGUUGGAAGAAAUUAACCGAAUCGAAUGCGAACCCCAAUGGGUGCCAAAGUUUUGGCUCCAUUUAAACACCUAUUCCCCCUCCCGCAUUUCCGACGAAUAUCAUAUGCAGCAAAACUAUGAUCCUUCCUCCCAAGCCCACAUCAACGGGGCGUAUCAAAACAGCAACGUUUUUGACAGCUACAACGUAAACGGUAACGGACCGGCUAGCGGAAUAUACGACGCGGACUAUUACAAUAUGGAGUCUAACGUGGACGACGAGAACGAAUUUCGCAGGCGUACACCCUCGAGCGAUUAUUACGCUAUGAAUCAACAAAAUUUCAUACCUUGAAACAAUGAUUUAUCUUUUUCUUUUUUUUUCAAAAUUCAUUUUUUUUUGUUAUCAAACCAAACCAACCCCAGUAAAAAAAACAAAGCAAAAAAUUAUAAGUGCUAAAUUCAAGAAGCUAUUCGCUCAAUGAUGGGAAUUUAGGAUUUGAUAUCUUAAACUUCAACGCGAAAUUUUUACGAUUUCUAUUUAAAUACGAUGAAUUAAGUUAUAAUCCUAAUUUUAGUGCCUUCGAUAUUUUACUCUUUAAAAGGCCUUUUAAAAUGAUAAAUAAAACACGCAUUUUUCUAAUCAAUUUGUUGAUUAGUCAUUUUUUUUUGUCACUGAUAGAAAUUAUAUUUUUAUAAAGACCUAAUUUAAAACGACCUUUUUUUCAUUGGCAAUACAUUUAAUUGCAAAAUU